GAGAGAGAGGGACAGAGAACGAGGCAGGAUAUAUUGAUACUAAACGACGGUGGUUUCUCUUCAGUGUGUGUGAGAGAGACCAUGAGUGAGGACAAGAUGGAGUGCAUGAACAGAUGAAGACUAUCAUUGGGUGGUUCUUUCCAGUGGUCCUGAUGAGCGUUUCCAAACCACCUCCGCCCCAUUCCCAUUUCCCUCCCAGUAACCCUUCCUCCCAUCUCCCCCUGCCUCCAUCCUCCUCUCCCUCCCCCUCUCCCUCCACCCCUCCCUUCGCUGCGGGUCCCCCCAGCCCCGCUGUGCUUCCUCCUCCCUCCCCAGUCAAGAUCUCCAUGCAGGAGCACUUUGCCAUCAAUGUGUGCCCCGGCCCCAUCCUCCCCAUCCCGCAGAUCUCCGACUUUUUCCCUCGUUUCCACGACUACCCCAUCACCCCCCCUCCACCCCGGGAGAAAAAGGUUCUAAAGGACAGAGACAAGGACGGAGACGGGAAUGGAGAGAAAGAACAUAAGAGGGAGAGAGAGCAUGAAGAGAACGGAGAGUUUGUCGACUCAGAUGACGAUGACACCUACCUGGGAACUCUGGAGUUCAGCCUGCUUUUUGACCAAGAAAAUAAUUGCUUGCACUGCACCAUCCACAAGGCCAAGGGGUUGAAGGCCAUGGACUCCAAUGGACUGGCAGAUCCAUAUGUGAAACUCCACCUCCUGCCUGGAGCAAGCAAGGCAAAUAAAUUGCGCACCAAGACUUUAAAGAACACGCUGAAUCCAGUGUGGAACGAAACCCUCAUCUAUCACGGCAUCACGGCUGCUGACAUGACCACCAAAACCCUCAGGCUGUGUGUGUGUGAUAUGGAUCGUUUAGGACGGAAUGAGUUCAUAGGUGAAAUCAGGGUGGCCCUCAAGAAACUGAAGGAGGGAGAGAGCAAGAAAUACUACAUGGGCCUUGAGAGAAUUGCACAGACUCGGGAGGGUAACAGCCAGGCAGUGGAUCAUGGGGCUCUUGUUGCAGAAGAGGAGCGUGGUCGUAUCCUGGUCUCUCUGAUGUACAUCACAGAGAAGAGUUCUCUGAUUGUGGGAAUUAUUCGCUGUGCUCACCUUGCCGCCAUGGAUUCGAAUGGCUACUCGGACCCCUUUGUCAAAAUUGUUUUGCAGCCUAACAUGGGGAAAAAGUCCAAAUACAAAACCUCAGUGAAGAAGAAGACAUUAAACCCAGAGUUUAACGAGGAGUUUACCUAUGAAGUCCCGCAUGAUCAGCUGGCCAAGAAAACCCUGGAGAUCUCAGUCUGGGACUACGACCUGGGCAUGAGCAAUGACUUCAUAGGUGGCGUUGAAUUGGGGGUUAACGCAAAAGGAGAGAGACUGAAACACUGGUUUGAGUGUCUAAAAUACAAAGGAAAGAAAGUGGAGUACUGGCACACACUGACACAGCAAGGAGCCCCUUGCAGUGACUAACACACGUGUUAAUUCUUUGCUAAGUAAUACAAAAAUAAUGGAGUAAUAAUGAUAAAGAAAUGCAAUAAUGCUCAGUCUGAGAAUGAUGAUGAUGACGUUCCAUAUUAAUGUGUGAGAAAAAGCAUAAUAAUCUAUUGUACAGCUAAGUGUCACAUUCUUUUGUGAUGAGAAAGAAGCAAGUGUGAUCACAAGCCCGGAUUAUGACGCACAAAGA